CCAAAACACCUCCCUUGUCAACAAAAUACCCUCGUGCGCUUCCUUGCUUCUGAUUUUGCAGAAAUCUUCUAGAUACAGCCUGUGCUGGAGCAUCACAAAGGAGAAUGUCUGGACGAACGCGAAAACCUGUCAGCGCAACAAGCACAGCACGUUGUUUUGGCGAGCAUUUCCCCGCAGCAUGACCGCCCUAGCUGAGGAUGGCAUCAUGGUGGUCGUCGGGCAAGAAAGGUGGCGGAAAGAAUCCGGACGCCACCAAGGGCGGCAAGAAGUCGUCCUACAAAAGCAACGACUACUACCAAGAUAGCAGCUACAGCAGAGCCGCGCAUCAACCCCAGUCAGGAGGUGGAGCCGGCUACAACCCAAAUGUUUACCAAGACCAACAUGCGCCGUACCAACCGGCUGCCAGGACUGCGGACCAGUACUACCAUAGUGUUGUUCCGGAGUACAACAACGGGAAGCAGGGCAAAAGCGCGUACGGAGGAGGGUACAACAACCCUGGUUCCUACCAAGGGUCUUCCUCGGAGGAGAGCUCGACUGUGAAUAAAGGACACCACUAUGGAGGAAAGAAGAAGGGAGGAGGGCCCUACGUAGAGCCAAGCAUUUACCACAACUCCACCUACGGAGCUGCCGGUAAAUUAUCUGGCGGUGGUACUUCUAAAGGAAACAAACACGCAAAGUCGGAUGCGUAUUACGCUUGGAACGAGUACAAUGCCGACUACAAUCGCCACAGCAACGCCGGGAGGCAAGCGGUUCUGCAAGACGCUGACCACCGGCCGGAGCACGUCCCCUUCGCAGGUCCCUCCGGUGCGCCGCCGGGUCUCUCUCCCCCGGCAAGCAUGCUGCAGGCGCCCCCGCUCGUGCCGGACUAUCCCGGGACCAAGGGGUACCUGAGUAAGGGAAAAGACGGAAACUUCGGCGGGCAAGCGAACAUCAAGGGGGCAGGAGCCGAGCAACUCACAUCCAACGGCACGACCGCCGCAACCACUGCAGGUACUACAGCUGCAGGGAUCACCGCUAAAGCCGCCCCUCCCGCAGACAACAGCCUCUGCCUUGCGACGAUUGCCUCCCAGCAAGCCGGUGGAAGUUCUGUGUACAAAUACAAGCGUGAGAGUCCCAACGGGAUGCACGUGUUGACGCACAUGCCGCUCGUCUCGGAUGAGUACCGGAUGAAGUUGCUGCUGAAGAAGACCCGUCUGGACGCCGACGACUUUCCCCUGGAGGAGCGAAAGGAAACCUCCCCGGAGGGGCGGCAACAGCAAAAGCGCUCCCGGUGCCGCGAGGCCGCGGCGGCGAAGUACUACGACUUUGUGAAGAUGUCUACGCAGGACUUGGUGUUCUGCCUGGGUCGCGGCGGGCACACGAAAAUGAAGAUCGCCGACGCGGCGGGCUGUAAUGUGGAGAUCGACCAGGAUCGCGGUAUCGGCGAGUGCUACUCCAACACGGAUUUUGCCGCGUGUCGACGCGGAAUCCAGUGUCUCCAAUUCUGCGGUGCCCAGCGGCGCGAUGAAACCCCAGUGGUGCGGUACCCGGAGGAUUUCAGUGCGGACGUGACGAUCAUUCAUGUUCCGGAGGAAACCAGCGGGUUUGUUAUGGGAAGGCAGGGCUCUUUUCUCCGGCAACUGGAGGAGAUGUACAUGGUGUACAUCUUUUUCUGCGAACCCGAAGGCCGGGGGAUCUCGCGGGAGCGCGGGAUGCGGUACGUGUGCAUUCUCGGGGCAAACGAGAUGGGGCGGAAAGGGGCGGCGCUGAAAGUCAUGGGAGCGGUGGAGACAAAACUCCCGGGGUACUACUUGGACGAUUGCGACAUCCACUACUGUCCGGCGAGCCGGGGCGGGCCGCACGGAGGGACGGGGUUUGACACGGAAGCGAGGACCAUGAGCAACGACGAAAUGAGCUUUGCGGUGGGGAAGGAGGGCCAGACGCGGAAAAAGUUGGCUCGUGCCAGCGCGGGGGCGGCUUUUGAGUUCGUCGGUCUGACGGCUUUCAUGGCGGGACCGGAGAACGCGAGGAAAAGGUAUAUUUGAAGUUUAGUUUGCUUUUUGAAUUGCGUGCUUGCUAUUUCGUGGUCAAUUUACUUAGUUAUAGUUUCUCUUCAGGCUUGUGCAUUUAGUGAAGGCAAUUAUCGCGUAUUACCGCCACGAGAAGCCCAACUUUUUCUCACUAUUCCGAAACUCAUAAUCAAAAAAACAGGCUCCGAAACUAUCUUGAAAUCCUGCUCCGUCAGCGCUCUUACAGCACUGUUGGCCUCACAUUCCCCGACAAGAACACCCGACCGGACUGCACUGUUUUGAAAAUUCCUUCCACCUACAUGGGUCUGCUGAAGGGACAGGCGUUGCGGGACCUGGAAAACCAAACGGACACGUUUUGCUUGGUCGAAGGAGAUCCUGACCUGUCAACCGUGCUGAUCAUCCUGGGCGGCGAAAACGAGCGGCACAACGCCCAGGUUCGCGUGCAGGAAAUCGUGCGGCUCCCGGAGAAUGUUUUGCUCGGGAAGGAAAGCCUCAACACGGGCAAGACCAGGGGCGGAGGUAUAGUUUUUUCAUGUCAGAAUACGCGUUUUUGUUUUCGUUUUGCUGUGGGUAUUUUUCUCGAGCAAGAGACACCGACGUACCUGCAUCACAACGAUCUUGUCUAAAUAAUGAAGAGUUUGAGAAGAACAAUGAAAAUGCCACGAAAAAACUUUCAGGCUCGGGUAGACUGAUUAUGGUGGAAGUUCCGAUCCCAACACUGCUUCUAGUCGAGAACGUCGAGGAGCUGUUACCUAAGCUUCGCGACCAGCUGGGCAAACUGCGUAUUUCCGUAUUACAAUGAAAAAUGCCCCCACCCCCAAAGUUGCAGUAAUUUGUGAUACAAAGUAUCCAAAUGAAAACUUUUUGUCAUGCAUGAAAGGACUAAUGAAUCUUUCUGAUGCAGUGUCUAGGCGUAUAUCGCAUUGCUUGCAUGACAAGCGCCGCUCUUGCUGGGAUCUUGCGCAAUACAAAUUUUUCUCUAUUCACGAUUGGAAAUCUGUGAUGCUGAUAGAUGCAAGAGGGCGAAUGUUUCAUUUGCAAAGGUUUGCAAUACAAAUGCUCCCAAGUUCGGGGGUGGGGGCAUUUUUCAUUGUAAUAUUCCGAGGCGAAGAUUCAAGAAGACGCGUUGCGGAUCAAAGUGAGCCAGGAGAACGCGGCCCAGUGUGCGAUGAUCUGUGAGAACUUUCUCAACAAGGACAUUGAUUGCGAAGUUCCCUACUACAUCCCACGUGGCAUCGGGUUUGCCGUGCUCACUUCGAAGCAACGGGAAGCGUGGAAGUUCGUAAUGGAUCAAGGGAGCGGGAAACUGGUCAAGCAGGUAAUUUUCUCGCUUUUCCUUUUCCUUUUCAGUGAAACGUUAGAAGUAGCUGAGAAGUUUUUCAUCACUUUUAGCAUGCGCCUUUUCAAAUCAUUUGCUACUCAUCGCAGCACACCGCGCCGGCCGCCGUUGCGACUCGGUGUGCAAGAACACGAUUUUUUUGGCCAGAAAAUUUUGAAAAACUUUCAGACCUUCCGCGACCCGAAGAACCCUUUGAACUAUCUCGAUGAGGAAACAAGCCGGAUUUUCGACUACCCCAUCGCCGGCGAGCGCGGCGACCGGGGAGAGGUGAUUCCGGCUAGUUUCAUUCCCUGUGGCGCCAUACCGGUCAACAGCAUUCUCGAGGAUGUCCGCAGCCGCUCGCGGCUCCGGGUGCGGAUUUUCAAGGACCAACGCCGAGUCUUGUUCAGCGGUUCGCUCAGUCAGGUGGUUGCGGCGAAGCGGGAUCUGGACUUGUGUCUCGGAUCCUUUUUAACUUUAGUGAUUCUCGUGAACCAGGAGUGCGUGUUUGACGAAAAAAUGGUGAGCCAUUGCGUCGGGAAGAUUCAGGCAGACAUGCAGUACAGGCAUCACAUGAUCGCGGCAAACAUCAAGGAUUUCCGUCUGACUUUGUCCGGCAGUAACCUCGCCGUCUGGGAGGCGAAGGAGCUGGUAGAGAAGGAGCUACAACACACCGUUCUCGUCGCGAAGCAACAGAAAAAGAACAAGGAGAAGACCCCCAAAAAUCAUACCGGUGCGGCUGCCUCUUCUGCUGACACCGCGGCGUCCUCGUCGAAAAGCACUACUAAUCCGGCGGAAAUCGGGUCGCUGACGCUGACCGAGGGGAAUUUGAAGAAACUUGCGGACAAGCCCAAGAAGAAAAACUGGGCGGAUUACGAAGAUGAUCUCUCCAACGAACAGAACCAGUGGGAGAAUCGGAACAAAAAUAAACCACCGCCCGUCGUGUUUGUGUCCGUCGACCAGUACUACUUGUUGCCGCACUUAAGACAGGGCGUUUUGGCGAAGGAACGGAACGAACCGACGUCGGAAUGGCUGCGGGUUCCGGAGGACGAUAGCAGCUUUGUAAUGGGAAAAGGGGGCCGAACGAGACUGAAAAUUUCCGUCGUGUCCGGGUGCCGCAUCGAAAUCAAGCGCGACCAGGAGGAUGGAUUGGAAGUGAUUGAGUUGACCGGCACUGCGCUGGAACGACGUCGGGCGAGGAAAUACUUGGACAUGAUCCGGAUCCAGCGAAAGGGAGCCGUGCACGUGGACGAAGAAGCGCACAACGACAAGGACUUAACCGCGAUUUCCGUUCCGCACGACUGCGUCGGGUUUGUGACGGGGGGCGGAGGGUCUCAUCUGCGAAAUUGCGAAACUGAAUUCCACACGCUCAUGUUCUUCUGCGAUUACCACCACCAGCGGGGCAAGGGUAUCCGGCAGCAGACGGAGGAACGACUCGUGAUUUUCGGGCAGCGGCGCGGCCAGCUCGGCAGCAAGUUAAAGGUGAUGAGCGCGAUCGAAACGAAGAUGCCAGGCUACUUCACGCGGAACCGGCGUGCGGACUACUUGCGCGGGCGGGAGAUCGCGUCCGUUCCGGUCGAGGAGGGCCGCGGGAGAAAAAACGUGAUCCACGGCGAAGAUUGGAAACGAGAGGACUUCACGCCGAUCCUUUGCGGGGCGGAGUGGGGCAUUGACACGAUGUGGGUGGAGCAGAACGACUUGUCCUUCGCGAUGGGGUCAAACGGGGUGACGCGGAAGAAGUUGUGUAAGGCGACGAACUGCAUUUUGGAAUUCGUCGGCAACAUCGCCCACCUCGGUGGGACGAAGCGGGAGAGAAGGACCUGCCGGGACUAUUUGAACUGGUUGUUGUGCCAACGAACCGGCGUCGUUGCUUUGGAAGAUCUCGAUGGCUCCGUCUACUCCGCGAAGCAGGUUUUCGCGGAAACCAAGCGCCGCGAGCGCCGCCGACGGAGGUUGAAAGAGGAGGUCCUGGCCGAGCGGGCCGCGGCCAAGAAGCGCAUGCGCUCGAAGCACAAUAAGGACGGCGGAAAUCAGCAGGAACUGACCGUCGAGGAGAUCAACGCAGCGGAGGAGCGCGAGAUUAAGCAAAGCCCCAUGUCCGCGAGUCCGGACGUCGACCGGCUGGAGAAACAAGCGGCUUCUUCCCCCGACGCGGUGAAUCAAGAUCCUGACCAGAACCACCACAACUCUGACCACAGCGACAACUCGAACAUGGGUGACUUUUCCGCAGAAGAGGAAGACGCGGUCAUUCUGGCGGUGUCUCAGCACCGGAAGAACCCGGAUCUGAAAACCAAGCACCGCCGGCGCGACCAGAAGCGGUUCACGCACAACAUUUCCCGGGAGGAGUACCACGAGUUUGUCUACGACUGGAUGGCGGACCGGGAUGACGUGGAUGUGCUGUUUUUCUACGAAAAAUGCGACAUCUUUUCCGUACAGGCCUUGCGGCAAGUGGAGGAAAACACAGGGACGUACACGUUCGUCGACAAUCUGUCAAAACCGAACUGCCUGUUCGUCUGCGGUGCGUACCGGCAGAACCGCCAGAAGGCCAUGGACGCCAUUUACGAAAUUUUGCGCGAGUACGACGAGUUGGACAGAACCUCGUGGGCGGACGAAACCCCCGAAGCGGGCAAGGCAUGUCGGAUCAAGGGGCCAGUUGGACCGAACAAACGACAUUUGUCAACGGUAUUUAUAUUCCUCGAAUGUUUUGACUAUCACUAUUACAGUUUUUGCUUUUGUAUCUGUGCCGAUGUAUGAGUAUGAUGAUGAAGAUUGAAGCUGAAGAUCCUUUGUUGCAAAAGUGAGUUUGUAGCUUUCAAAUGAGCCCGAAAAUCAAAAUUCAAAACACCCACCACCACAGUCCGAGAAAGAUCUGCUGAUCCAGUCCGGGGGCGCCAAUGUGGAAGUAGGAGCGGCGUACCAAGAGCUUUCCAUGACCCACACGCGGUUCGAAGACCGCGAUCUCGCCUUCUACACGAUGCUGGCGAACCGCAGAGACAACGUUGCGUUUUACAACAACGAGUUCCGCGAGGAAAAACUGGUGUACAACAAGAGCAAGGAUUUCCGCGAGGAGGACGAACACAGUGACGGGGGGCGAUUUGAUUCUGUGGAGCUCUGGCAGAGCCCGCUGCCGGACAUGCAGAUCUACCAGCAGCCGGGACCGCUGGGUGAGGAUCCGUUGAUUGAGGGACUGGAAAGCUCCCGGUUGCGGGUCAGCUUGCUCGUCGCGAAACACGCCAUCCGCUUAGAGGGCGAGCCGAAGGAACUGCGCGACGCCUGGCGGAAACUGAACACCUUUGCCGCGAAGUUUGAAACUCUGCAGUUGGAGGUCCGACAGCAGAACGCGGACCAGAAUCUGCUCCGGUCGGUGUUGUCGCACUACGUCGGGCCGCUGCCGUGGUUGAGCAAGGCGGAGAUCAAGGACGGGGACAAGGUGACGCUCGUGGGCCACAGUGUUAGUUUGAACAAAGCCUUGAAGAUUUUAGAGGAGUACCUCGGUGACAAAUCCUUCGUCUACAAGACAAAAGCCGUCGCGAAUCCGAACAGCGCAUCGCUCGCUCUGAAAACCGGCGGCGCCUUGGCCGCAGACCGAUCUGCGUCCGCCGCAGCACACAAGUCCGGCGGCGAACGCAGCCAGGCCAGACGCCAGGAGCAGGCCAGCAUCGCGGACAAGCACGCGUCGCUGGAUCCGUCGGCCGUAGUGGGGGUGCGCGAUUUCCGCACCAAUAACGACCUGACCGACAAGAUCAAAAUGGCCUCGGAGGAGAUUGGUUUCGUGCUCGGCACGUCCGGCACGACGCGCGACAAACUCGGUAUUGCUGCGAAAGCGUUGCUGCACGGCGAUGUGAUGGACAGUGACACGGUGACGGUGGAGGGAAGCAAUUUCGCGCGCGAGUUCGCGAAGAAGUACAUCGGCAUGGUGCGACAGCAGCGCGUCGGCCCGGUCCCGGUGAAUCGGGAUGACGAGGAUCUGAUGUUGGUGGAGAUUCCCUACGACUGCAUUGGGCUCGUCACCGGCGUCCACGGCGCACAUUUGCGGAAACUGGAGCGCGCUUGCCAAACGCUGAUGUUCUUCGCGGACUACUUCAGAAAGGACAGCGAGAAGAACAGCAAGGAAACCGGCAUCGCUUCGGAUACCGAGGGGAAACCACAGAAACUCGCCAUCUUUUCUCCCGACCCCCGUGCGCGCGCUUGGGCGUUGCUCCGGGUUUUCGGACUCAGUGAUUUCCCGCGGGAGCAGGUUGUGAUCUCCGAUUUGGAAAAGCUGAUCUCGACCGCGUUCGAAAGGCACAACGAGCGCGUGCGGGGAGAAGUGUUGCAGAAUCUGGACGGUAGUGGUCAAGGUGAAAACCAGGCCGCUGCCCGCGUCGAGCGCGACGAGGUCAUCGGGGUCGAGUCCCUGCCGAUGAGCAAGAAGUACCAUGCGGCAACGGACGGUCACGUGCUGCGCCGCACCGCAAGGAGCUCCGGGUGCAUCGUCGAGCAAAUCGGCAACAGAGCGAUUGUGCUGGUCGGGUCGGAAAGCGAGCGGAAACGGGCAAAAGCGUAUCUCGAAUGGAACAGCGACGAGAAGCAGCUGCCGCAAGCGCUGGAGGCCUCGAAGCGCAAGGACUGCAUCGUUUUGCGCAGUGGGAAGAAACUGUCGACCAGUUACGCCAAGACCUAUGGCUCCGGGUUCGAUUCUCUAGAGACAAACCAGCUGGAAUCCUGCAUCGUUUUCCCGCUUCUUGAGGGUGACAUCAACGCGAAAACAGCGGAGCCACAAUCCGGGGCCACGACCGCCUCGGACUUACACAAAGUCGCGGACGGAUCGGUCGAGAUUCUGGACGGGACGCUCUCUUCCUCCUCUUCUGACAAUCCCCACCCGGUUUCGGCGGAGCAGAAGUCACAGCAGUGCCACUACCAGGUCGGGAUCUUCGCGUGCUCCAUGCGCGCACGGGUCUUGAUGAUGCUGCGGCUGUUGAAGCAAGACCACGAAAAGGAAAAGUCCAGUGCCUUCCUGGAUCUCUGCAAGCAGGAGCUGAACCGCAGUCGCCGCCAUCUGCGCCACGCCGUCGCCGCUAGAAAGGCGAGCGCCGACGCAAACAGCAUCGACGCCGCAACCAACAGCAACCCGCCGUCGCCACCGAGCGUGCACUCGCGGCAGUCGUCAAAGGAGUCGAAGCAGGAAAUGAAGAAAUCCACCUGGCUGUACCAGUACCAUUCCUUCGCCGACUACACCGAGUCCGCGAUCCAGAAGGAAGUCAAGGACUUGGAGGAUUUCGAGUUUGAGGAGCUGAAAUUCACGAAAAACGAAAAGUACUACACCGGGUCGCUCUCCAAGCACCGCUCGAAGCUCGUGGAGGCGUCCGGUGCCUUCCUGGAGUUCUGCGGCAACGGCUGCAUUCUCGGCGGAUCGAAAGACAAUCGCCAGCGGUGCAAGGAUUACAUGGCCUGGCUGCUGCGAAAGUGCUUCGAAAAGUCUGGUUGGGACGAGUACGACCUGGACGCCGAGGAGAACUGCAGUGCGUGGCGGGCGGUCAUUCCGCAUUUGGAGAACGUGUCUUUGAACCUCCGCACCGACGUUCUCUGCUUCCGCAAUCCGGGGGCCGCGAUCACGACCGAGCAGAUUCGCGACGCAGAAAUCAACUUCGGCGUCUUCACCUACUUCCGACGAACCAACGACGAUAAGGACCGCGAAUUGCUAAUUUUCGCUGCACAGUACGAAAAGCGGCUCCACGCCUACCGCCAACUGCUCGCGUGCCUGCUCGGAGGCAGGGACCGCAAUCGAAAGCGUUUCCGUCGGCGGAGAAGGGACAGGGAACGGCGGCGCCGCUGGUGGGACGAAGACGACGGAAAAUGGGACGACGAGGAUGGAAAUUAUUACGACGAUGAAGACGCUGGCAAUGCAGCGAACUACGACGAGGAGGACGAUUACGAAAAACCUAAGAAAACUACCUCUACUCGCUCGGGUAAAAAGAAACAGGUCGAUGAUGAUUUGGAUUAUGCGCGGUCGCCAAGAAAGCGAGGCGUUACGCCUCCGCCGAGGGGAGCUGCAAACAAAGCUGCCAGCCAGCGGUCCUCCCCUUCGAAAGCGGGUAAGAGCAGUCGGGCCGAAACCCCAGCGAAUGCGAGUCGCGCGAGUCGGCGACGGCGCGCUCCGCUGCAGAGUGAGGAGAAUAAUCGCAACGAAUUUCAAGCCUUGUCCCCCGCGAAGUCUGGUUCGAGGCGAGCUGGGAUGCAGUCGAAUCGGGAUGCGGACUACGUGUCCGAAUCCAGUUCCGAAUUGGACGAAGACUACACUCCGCGGGGCCGGGGUCGUGGCGCGCGCCGCAACUCUGUGCGCUCGAAGGGCACGGGCAAGGCGAAUGCCAGGGGAGAGGCGACGCCGGCGGGCAGUUCGGCGAGCCGACAGCGUGGAGGUGCAGGAACCGCGGGCGCUCUCGGGGGCACCAGUCCGCGCGACAACAAGGGACGAGGAAAGCAGGCGACACUUGGGGGAGGAGGCUUGUUGUCCUCGGACUCGGAAGACGACUACAGUUCGGACGAUGAUGAAGACGAUGACGGCACUCACUCGGAGUACAGUUCCGCUAGUGGCUCGCAAGAACCUCGUGGUUACCCUGGAAGCGAGAACAGCGGCAGCUGGAACGGACACAGCAGGUACACAUGA